GCCCCGCCUCAUCAGACUUCUCAUUGGUCGCUGGUGGAACAUCUCCACUUGCAAUAGGCUGUGGAGAUUGGAAGGGGCGGGGAUGGUGCCCCCUCCCGCCGCCGCCCUCCCCCAGGCGGGCUCGGUUGCGUGGCGGGACUCGGGUCCGAGCUGAGGAGGUGACGGGAGGCGGCGGAAAAUGGCGCUGACUCAGGGGACCAAGCGGAAAGUCUGCUACUACUACGACGGUGACAUUGGAAACUAUUACUAUGGUCAAGGCCACCCUAUGAAGCCCCACAGAAUCAGGAUGACUCACAAUCUCCUUCUGAACUAUGGCCUCUACAGAAAAAUGGAAAUCUAUCGACCCUAUAAAGCUAGUGCUGAAGAAAUGACCAAAUACCACAGCGAUGACUACAUCAAAUUUCUGCGGUCGAUUCGCCCAGACAACAUGUCUGAGUACAGCAAGCAAAUGCAGCGGUUCAAUGUUGGAGAAGACUGUCCUGUGUUUGAUGGUUUGUUUGAAUUUUGUCAGCUUUCUACAGGAGGGUCAGUUGCCAGUGCAGUGAAGCUGAACAAGCAGCAGACAGACAUUGCUGUGAACUGGGCAGGAGGCUUGCAUCACGCCAAGAAGUCUGAAGCCUCAGGCUUCUGUUAUGUCAAUGACAUCGUUCUGGCCAUCUUGGAGUUGCUAAAGUACCACCAGAGAGUGUUGUAUGUCGACAUAGACAUUCACCAUGGCGACGGUGUGGAGGAGGCCUUCUAUACUACAGACCGUGUCAUGACGGCAUCUUUCCAUAAGUAUGGCGAAUACUUCCCAGGAACGGGGGACCUGCGGGACAUUGGUGCAGGCAAAGGAAAAUAUUACGCAGUCAACUACCCCCUCCGGGAUGGGAUAGAUGAUGAGUCCUAUGAAGCCAUCUUUAAGCCGGUGAUGUCCAAAGUGAUGGAGACAUUCCAGCCUAGUGCUGUUGCAUUGCAGUGUGGCUCAGAUUCCUUAUCAGGGGACAGGCUGGGUUGCUUUAAUUUGACCAUUAAAGGUCAUGCCAAGUGUGUGGAAUUCAUCAAGAGCUUUAACUUGCCCAUGCUGAUGCUUGGAGGGGGUGGCUACACAAUCCGCAACGUGGCCAGGUGCUGGACCUAUGAGACUGCUGUGGCUUUGAAUACAGAUAUUCCAAAUGAGCUUCCAUACAACGAUUAUUUUGAAUAUUUUGGGCCGGACUUCAAGCUCCACAUCAGCCCUUCCAACAUGACCAACCAAAAUACCAAUGAAUAUCUGGAGAAGAUUAAGCAACGUCUCUUUGAGAACUUGCGAAUGCUUCCCCAUGCUCCUGGAGUCCAGAUGCAGCCAAUCCCGGAGGAUGCCGUCCCAGAGGACAGUGGAGAUGAAGAUGAAGAGGAUCCUGACAAGCGGAUUUCCAUCCGCUCAUCAGACAAGAGAAUAGCUUGUGAUGAGGAAUUCUCUGACUCUGAAGACGAAGGGGAAGGUGGGCGCAAAAACGUCGCCAAUUUCAAGAAGGCCAAACGGGCAAAAACGGAAGAAGAGGAGAAGGAGGAGGAGAAGAAAGAAGUGAAAGAGGAAGAGAAAGCAAAAGAGGACACGACAGAGCCCAAAGGCAUAAAGGAAGAGACAAAAUCGACCUAAGAAGCUGGCAGACGGGUAACCCCUCAGUCCCCUGGUUCCCUGGAUUGGCCUCUCGGGUACCUUCCCAUUCCACAAGAUUUGUAUUUUAUAUAAGUUUCUGUAGAUAUUUCUAUAUAAAUAUUUUGGGGACUUGAUGCCCAGGUGGAUUUCCUUGCUGCGAUUCCCUGGAGGUGAGGAAUCUGCUUGGUACACAGUCCUACUCGGCCCCAGGGGUACAGCUUGAGUGGAACUCUUAUUCUUGCGUUCCUGCUGCCGCCUCUUUGGGGACAUGUGUGUGUUUGUUUUUUCAUUUUUUAAAAAAACUUAAAAGUCUCCCUUUCUCCUGCACCUUCUCUUCUUUGAAACUAUGGUCUCCCCUUGGAGAAACAUAUGCUCUGGGGCUUUGGUUUUUUUUUGUCUUUUGUUGUUUUCCUUGAAUAGUUUUUUGAGGUAUGGAUACAGCCAUAAAACAUUGGGAGGCUUUUUUGGGGGGGUGGCGGGUGGCGGGUUGAAGCUUCAAGUUUCAAGCAGCACCCAUGAAAGAAUCAACUCCAUUCUGGGUAACCACAAGUUGAUGCUGCUCCUCAGCAUCCCAGAGGCACAAGUUAAUCAGUGGAAGGGUAGCUGCAGUCAGCACCUCCAAGGAACAGGGAGUCCUCUAGGGCAUGGCGGAAGUGUUUAUUAAUGUGAAGUCUCCUCAUGCUGUGGAGAGGAAUACACAUUUUCUCCACAGAGGGCAGUGCAGGAGUGAAGGUUCCUCUGUUCUGCAUCAAGCACUCCUCACUGUGAGCUUAGCACACAUGGUGCUCACUUGUCUAAUGCUAUUUUGUCCUGUCAUGGCCUUACCUUCAGAAUCUGCUCCAAAGCCUGUAGCUGGCAUGUGCAAAAACUAGCCAGUGAUUCAUAAGGACAUCUUUUUUAAAAAGGCCUCUUAAAUAUCACCAUAUUCUAGGAGAAAGUUUUUAGGGGUGGUUUUGGUUACGCACGCCAGCCAGCUUGGGUGCAAGUGGUGGGGGUGGAAUUUUUCAGUGGGUUGUGGGAUUGGAUUGGAAGGGGGAGCAUCCUUCCACAGAGCGCCACCGUAAGGGGUCAAUCCCAACGAUGCUGCUAAUUUAGCCAUGAAACUCUUGGGGGCAGAGGGUGGGGUGGGUUGGGGAGGGGAGAAAGGUUUUUAUUUUUUUAAGCCUCUGGUUUAGCUGUUUUUAGUCUCUGGGAUGCAAGAUCCAUGCAGCUCUUCGAUACUCGUAUUGGUGAAACGAAAGAUCAUUGUAUUUGUCUUUUGGGGGCAGGGCAGGGAAGAUAUAUAUAUUGUGGUGUUUUUUUAAUAAAAGAACUUUUUAUUUUCAUUUUUUUGAAGAAAAAGCUUUGUAAUAAAAUUGGUCUGUUUCUCGGUU